AAACCAGUGCAAGAAAUGGUACCUCGAUCUCUUCCACCAAUCGUAGAAAAUAAAUGUGAUGAAUUUGUAAAAAAAUUCGUUACUCGUGACAAUCGUUUACCUCAGGCCCUUUUGCAUGAUGGAACGUGGAAAGAGUCUGAUAAAAAACUAGUAGAAGUCGUGAAUGGAAUUUUGGAAACACUGUAA